AUGAUCGAUAAAAGAAGGGAAAGUAUUGACCCUACUGCUCCUGCUGCAACUUAUUAUACUUCCGGAAGAAAUGCUUCCGGUCCAAUUACAAGAACACAUACCACAAGAAGUGGAUCGAUUAGUUCCCGUGGUAAUGCAGGUUUAAACAACGGCACAAUUCAAAGACGCGCAUCUUAUGAGGACAAAGGCAAAAACCGAAGGUUUUUAGUUGAUGUUGAAACUACAUUAGCUCAUAUACUAGAACAAGAAGACACAAACGGUGAUUUCCAAAUUACAAUUAAUGAUCUUGGCCCUAAAACUUUAUCUCUCGGUACCGCAGACUCGGGUGGUUAUAAACGGUUCCAAAUCCGUGGAAAUUAUAUGCUUUCCAAUUUAUUACAAGAACUUGCGUUAGCAAAAGAUUUCGGUCGUAAGUAUGUUGUACUGGAUGAGGAAAGAUUAAACGAAGAUCCUGUCAAUCGCUUAUCUAAAAUGAUACGUCAUCUUUUUUGGGAUGGUCUAACUCGGUGCAUUGAUGGCGAAGGAUUAGAGGCUAUUUGCUCCGACCCUAAAAACCGGUCUAAAGAUAUCGCUCCCAGAAUUUAUAUUCCGUACGACUUGCCUGAAAUUUACGAUUAUUAUAAACGCGUAUCUGAAGAGAAAAGCCACUUGAAUUUGGAUGUUCAAUAUUUACCUAAAGAUAUCACCCCGGAAUACGUCAAGAGUAUCAACGACAAGCCCGGUAUUCUGGCCUUGGAGAUGAAAAAAGUUAAGGAUAAAAAUGGUAAUGAUACCUUUAAAGGUGUUCCGUUCGUUGUUCCUGGUGGCCGCUUCAAUGAAAUGUAUGGUUGGGACUCCUACUUUGAAACUUUGGGUCUUUUGGCUGAUGAUAGAUUAGAACUUGCUCGUGGUAUGGUCGAAAACUUUGCGUAUGAAAUCAAACACUAUGGAAAGAUCCUCAAUGCCAAUAGAUCCUAUUAUCUAUCUCGUUCACAACCUCCAUUCUUGACUGACAUGGCUAUCAAGAUUUAUGAAAAACUAGAUUCCUCAAAAGAAGAGGAAAACAAAGAAUGGCUGAGGGAAAUUUUGAAAUCCGCUAUCAAAGAAUACCAUACCAUCUGGAUGGCCGAACCAAGACUUGAUAAGAAGACCAUGCUAUCUCGAUACCGACCUGAAGGACUAGGUAUACCACCUGAAACCGAGGCAUCCCAUUUUGAUCAUGUUAUUAGCAAGUUUGCAAAAAGAAGAGGCUUGACUAUUCCCGAAUUCGAUGACAAAUAUAACGCCGGUGAAAUCAUAGAACCUGAAUUAGAUGAAUACUUUUUACACGAUCGUGCUGUUAGAGAAUCUGGUCACGACACAACAUAUAGAUUUGAAGGAGUUUGCGCCAACCUUGCUACUGUGGAUUUAAAUGCUUUGCUUUACAAGUAUGAAACAGAUAUGGCUGAUUGCAUCAGAGAUUUCUUGGAUGAUGAUUUGGAAGAUUUUGACGGAAACAAGCAAUCUGCUGAGGAGUGGUCCGAGCGUGCAAGUAAAAGGAGAGAGAGGAUAAACAAGUACUUGUGGAAUGAAGAGGAGGACCUUUAUUUUGAUUAUGAUACUGUUAAGGAGGAGAUGACUACUUAUGAGAGUGCAACUGCGUACUGGAUGAUGUGGGCUGGUUGUGCUUCUUCUGAUCAAGCUAACAAGUUGGCCAAGAGUCUUUACAAGUUCGAAGUGAAGGGUGGUCUGGUAUCCGGCACUGAAAGAUCUCGUGGUCACAUUACCAUCGAUCGUCCUAAUCGUCAAUGGGAUUUCCCUUUUGGUUGGGCCCCUCAUCAAAUUAUGGCUUGGCAAGCAUUCGAAAAUUACGGAAUGUCUGAUAUAGCUAGUCGUUUGGCUUACCGUUUCUUGUACACAAUUACAAAGGCGUUCGUUGAUUUUAAUGGUGUAGUCCCUGAAAAGUUUGAUGUGGUCAAUUUAUCCCAUCAAGUUCAAGUUGAAUACGGUAACGUGGGUAUCGAUUUUAAGUUUGUUCCUAGGGAAGGUUUCGGAUGGAUGAAUGCUUCUUAUCAAGUAGGCCUCGGGUAUCUAUCCGUUCGUUCACGAAGAGCCCUGGGCACAUGUACAGAUCCGGAUUUGUUGUUCAAGAAGAUGAUUGAACAUGAAAACUCCAAAUUAUCUGCCCAUGAACAGCAUGAGGCUAUGGUUCGUCGCCGUAAGUCAACCAUUGCCGCACGACACAUUACUCGUAACAGUGGCGAUAAUGCAUUUAUCACUACGAUCAACACAGAGGAUAUUCUCAGACAAUCCAAUGCCCCCAAGUCUCCUGAUAUUUUAGAUCAACUAUUUGUACCCGAAGAAGAUAUCAGAAAGGACGACGCUGAACUUUUGCCCAUUCCUAAUGAGGAGGACGAGAAGGAGAAACCCCAUUUUGGUGAUACUCUUGAAGUGCCAUCUUCUAAUUUCUAAGGACC